AUGGGUGAUUUUAAUGCAAUUAGGGGACCAAAUGAAAAGAUAGGAGGGGCAGUAUGGGGUGAUACAUAUUGUGAUGAUCUAAAUAAUUGUUGUAGAGAGGCAAACCUAGAUGAUCUAAGAUAUAUGGGGAACCAUUUCACUUGGAGUAAUUCUAGUGUAGGGCAAAGAAGGAUAGCUUGCAAAUUGGAUAGAGCUCUUGUCAAUGAAGGUUGGAGUGAUGUUUUGCCGGAUUCUUAUGCAAGUUUUCUCAAUCCUUCAAUUUCAGACCAUUCACCUUGUGUAGUGACUUGUGGGGGUGGAGAGGAGAGGAGGAAGGUUCCAUUCAAGUUCUACAAUAUGUGGGCAAAUCAUGGAAGUUUUAUUGACAUUGUAAAGGAGACUUGGAAAGAGGAUUAUGAGGGCAGUCCUAUGUUCAAUCUUGUAAGCAAACUCAAAGGUUUAAAAGGUGCUUUAAGGAGGUUGAAUAAGAAUGAAUUCUGGAAUAUUUCCGAUAAGGUGAUAGAAGCAAAAUAUAACCUGGAAGGUGUUCAAAAUAGGCUCCAAAUCAACCCUCUUGAUGAGGAUUUAGCUAAAGAAGAAAAAACUUGGCUGGAAAACUAUUGGAGACUUAGUGAGGCUGAAGAAUCAUUGGCUAGGCAAAAAGCAAAGGGAGAAGUCAAAAAGGAGUUUGUAAACUACUUUAAGGAAGUUCUCAACGCCACGGAUGAUUGCAAUAUAAACUUUAAAGAAAUACAAAGGCUGGUUAACUUCCAAUUGGAGAGCCAAGUAAAGGAGAUGAUGAUUAAGGAGGUGGAAGAGGAUGAGAUCAAAGCUACCAUCUUUGCCAUGGACAACAAUAAAGCUCCCGGUCCGGAUGGUUAUGGAGCAUUCUUCUUUAAGGCAGCAUGGGAGAUUGUGGGGAGUGAUGUUAUCAAGGCAAUCAAGGCGGAUGGUGACUCCAUUUCACUGAUGAAGAAUACCCUUAGCCUAUUCCAUAAGUGGUCCGGGCUGAAGAUGAAUAGUGCUAAAAGUAAUAUAUACCUUUCCGGGGUUUCCCAAGAGGAGAAGAAGCAACUCUCGGCUAGGAUCAAUAUGGAGUUGGGAGAGCUGCCUUUUAAGUAUUUAGGAGUUCCUAUAACUUCUUCAAAGCUCAAAAGUGGUGAAUGCAAGCUGUUGAUUCAAAAGAUUGUGGGGAGAAUCACCUCUUAG